UGACCGCCGCGGGGCUGUGGGUGGGGCGGUGGCCGCAGCUGUGCCAUUCACGUUUGGGGCUGGAGGGUGAGACAGGGACUUGCCUGCCCUGGGAACCCCGUUGAGGGCCCAGGGCCGCGGGCGUUGGAGAAAGUCGCCCCGAGCAGCUCGCCGCUGGCCGGAGGAGAGGCGGCCCUGGGAGCCGGCGUCCCGCCCCCGGCGGCCUCCUUCGCCCACCCUCCUCCCGGGCUGUGCGCGGGCGCCGCAGCUCUGUUUCGGCGGCUGCGGCGGGUCCCGCCGAGCGGGCUGGACGGGACCGUGCCCCCGAGGACUCGCUGGAGAAGAGGGAGCGCAGCGGCUCGGGCCGAGCGCGCAGAGGUCAGGCCGCGGCUGCCGGGCCGUGGUACUCCGUCCUUCGGGAGCCCUCCUGGCUGGAGCACGCGACCUCCCUGCGCUGCUUCUGCUUCUCCUGUGACAAUGCCGGCAAGUCCCCUGGCUGGGUGAUUUUUCCCUCCUUGCUUUUGCCGAGAAGGAGAUAGAUAUUUAAAGGAUAUCUGUCCUCAGCGCUACCCCUGUCCUCUUAAAAGUUUUCCUUCAGUGGGAAUGCUUGUAUUCCUUCCCUGGACCACUUGAUGGUUCCCACUCCAGCCGCCGUCUGAUUUAGCAACUGGAAUAACCUUCAGAUCUAAUCUUAAAAACUGGCACUUACAAAAUUACAGAGUUGUGCUCUCCCGCCGGAGAAGGGCAAAUGGACUUUGGAAUUAAGAUGCAGGGGGGUGAACCAGUGUCAGCAAUGAAAGUCUUGGAGAGCGAAGGGAAACUGGAGGGCCUGGCCACAGCGGUGGCCCCGAACAAGAACAGCAGCAGCCGCGGUGGCGGUGCAAAAGGCUGGCAGUACAGUGAUCACAUGGAAAAUGUUUAUGGCUACUUAAUGAAGUAUACCAACCUCGUCACUGGGUGGCAGUACAGGUUUUUUGUUUUAAACAAUGAAGCUGGCUUAUUGGAGUACUUUGUGAACGAACAGUCUAGAAAUCAAAAACCCAGAGGUACUUUGCAGCUUGCAGGAGCUGUGAUAUCACCCAGUGAUGAGGACUCUCAUACCUUCACUGUAAAUGCUGCCAGUGGGGAACAGUAUAAACUCAGAGCCACAGAUGCUAAAGAGCGACAACAUUGGGUUAGCAGACUUCAGAUAUGUACACAACAUCAUACUGAAGCUAUUGGAAAGAAUAAUCCUCCUCUGAAAUCACGGAGCUUCUCGCUUGCAUCUAGUGGCAAUUCUCCUAUAUCCCAGAGGAGACCAAGUCAAAAUGCCAUUUCUUUUUUUAAUGUUGGACAUUCCAAACUACAGUCAGUGAGCAAAAGAGCUCACUUACCUCCAGACCAUCUUGUGGAAGUCAGAGAAAUGAUGUCUCAUGCUGAAGGACAACAAAGAGACUUAAUUAGACGAAUUGAAUGCCUUCCUGCUUCUGGCCAUCUUAGUUCCUUGGACCAGGAUCUCUUAAUGCUCAAAGCUACUUCCAUGGCAACUAUGAACUGCUUAAACGACUGCUUUCAUAUUCUCCAGUUGCAGCAUGCAUCACAUCAAAAGGGGUCAUUGCCUUCAGGAACGACAAUCGAGUGGUUAGAACCAAAGAUACCUUUACCAAACCACUAUAAAAAUGGAGCUGACCAGGCCUUUGCAACUGAGCAGAGUAAGCCAGAGGCAGUCCCAGAAGAGCAGUGUGUUCCAGAAUCUGGACUAUUAGCAAGGGAACCUGAAGACGUAAAUGCAGAUGAUGAGGUAGAGGAUACAUGUGACAACAAGGAGGGUGACCUGGGAGCUGUGGAAGAGCAGCGCAGUGUUAUCCUGCAUCUCUUGUCACAGCUUAAGCUGGGCAUGGACUUAACAAGAGUGGUGCUUCCUACAUUUAUCCUAGAGAAGCGUUCCUUGCUGGAAAUGUAUGCAGACUUUAUGUCUCAUCCAGACCUGUUUAUAGCCAUCACCAAUGGAGCCACGGCUGAGGACAGAAUGAUUCAUUUUGUUGAGUACUACCUUACCUCAUUUCAUGAAGGCCGAAAGGGAGCCAUUGCUAAAAAACCGUACAAUCCUAUUAUUGGAGAAACAUUUCACUGUUCUUGGAGGAUGCCGAAAAGCGAGGUAGCCUCCAGUGUUACGAGCAGCUCUUCCACCCAGGCAGUCACAAAUCAUGCUUCUCUAUCAGAAGAGGCUUUGAACCAGGUGGGAUCAGACUGUUACACAGUCAGAUUUGUUGCUGAGCAGGUUUCCCAUCAUCCUCCAGUCUCAGGAUUUUAUGCAGAGUGUGUUGAGAGGAAAAUGUGUGUGAAUGCACAUGUCUGGACUAAGAGCAAAUUCUUAGGCAUGUCAAUAGGUGUGACAAUGAUUGGAGAUGGUGUCCUCAGUCUGUUGGAACAUGGAGAAGAGUAUACCUUUUCCCUACCCUGUGCAUAUGCCCGGUCAAUUUUAACUGUUCCUUGGGUGGAAUUGGGUGGCAAAGUCAGUGUCAACUGUGCAAAAACUGGGUAUUCAGCCAGCAUCACUUUUCAUACUAAGCCAUUUUAUGGUGGCAAACUGCACAGGGUUACAGGUGAAGUAAAACAUAAUCUCACCAACACUGUGGUAUGCAGAGUGCAAGGGGAAUGGAAUAGUGUUCUUGAGUUCACUUAUAGCAGUGGAGACACCAAGUGUGUGGACUUGACUAAGUUGGCAGUGACGAAGAAAAGAGUAAGACCUCUGGAGAAGCAAGGUCCGUUUGAAUCCAGGCGAUUAUGGAAAGACGUGACAGAUUCUCUGAGGGAAUCUGAAAUUGAUAAGGCUACAGAGCAUAAACGUACCCUGGAAGAGCGUCAGAGGACUGAAGAAAGGCAUCGUACUGAAACGGGCACACCCUGGAAAACGAAAUAUUUUAUUAAAGAGGGAGACGGCUGGGUUUAUCACAAACCCCUUUGGAAAAUAAUUCCAACAACACAACCAGCAGAGUGACACACACUAUCUGAGACUUGACCAAAUGAAAUUCUUUUCUGUUUACCCUAAAUCCUCCCAGAAUGGAAUCAUUGCACUGAGUGACCUGCUUCCUGAUUGCACAGACUGAGACUAGCUCAGCAUGAUGUACCUGGUAGCGCACUGCAGGACUGCGGCAAGACCAAAGUGUUGGAGAAGCACGAUGGCCCUCUCACCAACAUGUUCCUGUGAUGUGAGCAAUAUCAUAGAACUUUUCACCUGAAUUCUUAGGUGAUUAAUCUUUCAUCCAGUUCCUGUUCCUAAAGCUAAGUUUGAAUCCCCUAUUUUCUCGUGGGGGCAGCAGAGAAACACACCAGUGAGAACUCAGUGCUUUUGAUUUCUUUAUAGUGAGAAGUGAAGUCUCUUCCCGCGUCUGUGCUCUGCUUUCUGUCAGUAACUGAAGUAUUCGCUACUCUUAAAAGCAAACCAAGAGGAGGAGGAAGAUGAUCCAGAAGUGGAUUCAGCCAUUGUGCCUGAAAUCAGUGUUAAAAAAAUCAGAUUGUAGUAACAAGUCAUUCUGUUCUUCAGAGAGACUGUGCCUGUGUCUGAGGAACUUACAUUAUCCACCUCUGUUGGAACUGUCUUUUAAAAAGUAUAUUUAUAAAUUGAUUAGAAUUAUAACCAUGGAGAAUUUUUUCUUCUGAUCAUUUUAAUAUACUUGAAAACAACAUUGACUUGAAAAAUUUCAGAACAUUUUUCAGCACCUAGUUUUAUUAAAUAUUACACUUGAGAGACAAUUUUUUUAAAUAUGUUCAUGUCAAUAUGAUGAGAUUUUGGCCUUUCUCAAGAACUGAGGCAUUAAAAAACAUAAGCAAAUAUUAAAAAAUAAAACUGUUAUUUUCCCUUACUCUUUUUUUUCACUUGUAGGUUAAUAUCCAGUAUUAUGUGCUAUCCCUUGGAUAAGUUAUAUUUUAUCUUACCUCUGUUCACUCAAAAUGUAAAACAACUAUUCGUAUUUGUCAGUCAUUCAAAAGUUAUAUAUAUAUGAGUGCACGUACCGUAUGGUUUUUUAUUUUCUUUUCAAGGAAACUGAAAUGCUGAAGAAAGAGUAUGAAAUAAAAAGAUAUUGGGAAGUUGUAUUCAGGUACAAAUCUUUUUUUUAAAAUAAGUAUUUUAUUGAAUUUGAAGAAUUGCUGGCAUUUAAAAGAAUA